AUGUCCUCCAUUCCGCCCAACCCAAGCAGGAGAGCAACCUCCCGCUCGCCACCGCCCCCAGCAAAGAGACGCGGCCGAAAGAAGUUGCCCGCCUUCAAGCCAAGUCAACUUCUCUCUGAGGAAGACCAAACAUUCGUACUAGAAACACCAGCAAUCGAGAUUGCCGCCUACAAUAGAGCACAUGAUUUGUAUGCAGGAGCAAGCCCAAUCUAACUUCUCCCCCUUCCCGUUGGACCAACAGUUAUCGCACGCAGCACAGGAUUCUUUGUUGCCUUGGCCGCCCUCUUGAGUUGCCCAAUUUUCCACCCACCAAAUGAAGACUUCUUGAAAUGGAUCAUUCUAAUUGCUGUUUAUUAUCGGAAGAUGCGCUGUAACCAGCAAACGACAGACCUGGAGCGCUUCGUUGUAAACCACUUUGUUGCGGACGAGUCGGUAGGCGCACCCGAAGAGUACUAUGGAUUUAUCCGAGAGAUCAACGCAGCGGUCGAUGCAGCAAAAUUGCUGCGAGGCCAGCAAACUACUUCAAAGAAAGACCAGAAUGCGACCAGUGGUAAUCUUCAAGCUUUGAUCGUUGCUUGGGACCAAUACGUAUGUCGUUUUCUUCCUUUAGAGAGUUCGUAAUCCUAAUAGUUGGCAGGUGACCGAUCAUCCGGAGUCUGGCCUUUCAACCGUAGCCGUAUACGAAAGUGUGGUUCCAAAUACACGCCGAAGCAAGAACGAUGCAUCGCAAGUGAAGAACGACUGGUUGUUGGAAGUACGACAAGGAGAACAUGCCGAGGAGGAGACUGCUAGUGCGGCUACUACUACUGACGAGGAAGAAGCCAACCAAACACAAAUCAUCCCUUCGGAUGAAAAUAUCCCAGAUUCUCCUCGACCAAGCCUUGAACCCUCAACACGUCCUCCAAUUCUAGUAUUUCAAUCCCCAUUCCAAUCCACACCAACACCGAUUCCUACGCAACCAACUCCGUCAUAGUCCCCAUCCGGAUCAGAUACAAAUUUAUGGACGGUUUUCAAUCCACCAUCUGGAAAUCCAUUACCAAGUAUGACCCAUUGGCCGUUGUAUCCCGACCAGAGCAUAUUGGACUUUUAACGCAUGCCAUGGUCUUCACCAAAGAUGCAAGGCAUUACCACCUUCAAGAAAAAUAGUACCUUUAGAUGGUUGGGUGGCUUACCAGUGUACGGCAAAUAUUGCACGAAGGCAUAUAAACCAGUGUUCAACCAGACUCCUCUUGGUUUAAAUGAUCCGACGUUCGUCAAAGACCUCGAGUACGCGUUGAGAUACCGCCUGUCUCCAUACGAAGAUGGCCAACCAGCAUACGAGGGUGAUAUUAACAUUGUGGACAUGCCUCAUUAAAAGUCAAUUUACCGCCUAUCCUAUUCAGGGUUGGUUCAUUUUCUUCAUCCUCAUAAAGAGUCGAUUGUCAAUGGAGAGCUGCAAAGCUCGAAUCUCUUUUCUUUUACGUGCCGAGCUAUAGAUUGCUUUGUACUACCAGGAAGGGAUUUAUCGCUGUCUUCAUUGUCAUUUCCAAGCUUUCCUUGUAGAGCUGCGAAGCUCUAAACUCUUUCUUUUACUUGCCGAGUUACGGAUUGCUCUG